GCAGGACGCUGAAGUUUCCAGCACGAGGAGGUCGCGCGGGUUUUGGAGGGUUUCUUGUGUGUUUUCCAGCGAUCACAUCCUUUUAGAGGCUGAGGAGUGAAAAACUUCAUCAUGGGGUGAAGAUGACAUCACAGCUGAUCUAACCAUGGGAAAGGAGAGUCUGCCCAGCUGGGCUCACCAGGACUCUGACGAGGGUCUCGUCCACGUGAACGUCGGAGGUCUGAAGAGGAGCCUCUGUUCCAGCACGCUGAAGAAAUUCCCGGACACCAGACUGGGAAAGCUGCUGGCAUGUGACUCAGAGGAGGCCAUACUGCAGGUAUGUGAUGACUAUGAUGUGCAGGAGAAGGAGUUUUACUUUGAUAGGAAUCCCGGCCUGUUCCCUUACGUCCUCCACUUCUACCAAACUGGCAAACUUCACAUCAUGGAGGAGCUGUGCGUCUUCUCCUUCAGCCAGGAGAUCGAGUACUGGGGCAUCAAUGAGUUCUUCCUGGACAGCUGCUGUAGUUAUCGUUACCAUGACCGCAAGCUGGAGAGCAGCCGACAUCGCAGCUGGGACGAUGAGAGCGACGCCAGCAGUGUAGACACAUCUGUGGACGAGAUAUCUGACUUAAACAAAGACAUGCAGCACUUCCAGGAAGUGCGUUAUGGGAACAUCAGGAAGUGUUUGUGGUUGACGCUGGAGAACCCGGGAUACUCCAUCCCCAGCAAGCUCUUCAGUCUGCUCUCCAUCGGAGUGGUGCUCACAUCCAUCGCCACCAUGUGUAUCAACAGCAUGGCAGAGUAUCAGACUUUUGAUUCUGAUGGGAAGUUGAUUGAAGAGCCGACCAUGCAGGCGCUGGAGGUGUUCUGCUCCUGCUGGUUCACCUUCGAGGUCGUCACGCGGCUGCUGCUCGCACCAAACAGGAAGAAGUUCUUCCAUCACCCUCUGAACAUUAUUGACAUGGUGUCUGUGGUUCCCAUCUACAUCACUCUGGUCUUUGACAUGACUGUGGGAUCCGAGUCCGAGCUGGGCGACCUGGGACGACUCAUACAGGUGUUCAGGUUAAUGAGGAUCUUCAGAGUGUUAAAGUUGGCCCGACACUCAACCGGCCUGCGGUCACUGGGAGCAACACUGCGGCACAGUUACCGUGAGGUGGGCAUUCUGCUGCUCUACCUGGCUGUGGGAGUGUCCGUCUUCUCGGGUAUCGCCUACACUGCUGAAUAUGAAGAGGAUGUGGGCCUGGACACCAUCCCGGCCUGCUGGUGGUGGGGGACGGUGAGCAUGACCACGGUGGGUUACGGGGACGUGGUGCCCGUCACGGUGGUCGGGAAGCUGGCGGCAAGCGGCUGCAUCCUGGGCGGCACCCUGGUGGUGGCGCUGCCCAUCACCAUCAUCUUCAACAAGUUCUCCCACUUCUACCGUCGCCAGAAAGCUCUGGAGGCGUCAGUGAGGAACAACAACCGCAAGAAGAUGAGGAUGAGGAUGAGCUGCGAGAAUGGGCCAGACGAGGACGAAGAGGAUGAGGGGUCAAACGGGGACAGCUGCUGCCUGGACGAUGAUGAUAUUGAUGAUAUCGAAGAGGACGAUAUAGAUUAUGAGGACGAAGGUGGUGUAAUAAACUAUAGCUAUGUGGAGCAUCCAUCUUACACGUCGAUAACGAGGAAGAAGGAGCCGCAUCAGCUGUGACGAAGAGCUGCUGAAGGCUGCGUUCUCACUACAGAUCAAAGCUGUUCAGGUUCACUUCCUGCCUCGUGCGUGACGUGUUCAUAUGGAAAUGAUGACUGCAUUCAUAUUUAAAUCUGGCUUUCAUUUAAAACAAGGCAACACAACAUGAGGAGUGAUCUGUACGCUUCAUGUUUGACCUUUGAACUCAUCGAGCAUCAACAGGAGGGCUAAACUCCAAGAGGGCUGGAAUUUUAUUGGAUAUUGGUGGAGUUUAAAGAAACCAGGCGCUGGAGGGCUCAUGUUGUAAAUUGGUUUUAAUGAUCAGCUUUGGGUUUCCAUCACAAACCUACGUGAUGGACUGUAGUUUGCUGUUAUUCAUGCAUGUGGGCAGCUUUCAGGGUGGAAAUUUGUUCUUUCUGAUAAUGAAGUUUUUCUGUAGCUGUUAAAAAAAGAUGAAAAACCCAAAAUAAUAGAAUUACAGUACAUGAUGCAACAUUAAACACGAAGGUCUGCUCAAGAACCGAAUCGAUUGAGUCUAAACUGAGCUGGACUGAAGAGAAAUAGCAUGCACGUGUAUGAAAUGAAGUGAAUAAAAAGAUUA